UCUGUGAAUAUGCCUGUUAGCGAAUCACCCAUGAUUAAUAAAUUAGGAGUGAUAUCUUCCUCUUAUCAUGAAAAACUCUUGAGGUUUAAAAUCCAAAAUUUAAGGAAAAGGAGGAAAAAUAAAUCAAACCCAUCAUUUUCAAUCACAAAAGAAUUCAUCUUGAGAUUCAACCAAACAAAAAAUCCAAAAGAGAAGGAAGACUUGUUGGAACAAGCUAGAAAAAACAUUCUCAGAUGUAAGAGAAAACUAGGUCUCAAAACCUUAGGCUCUGGGAAGCAUGUGCAUCUUCCUACUGCAUGGACGGAAGUAAUAUAUCUUGCUCAGUGCAAAGGAGAAAUCCAAGAUGAAGCUUUAAGUAUGCUUUAUGCUUCCCUGGACCAUGCUUCAUUUGAUUAUGGUCAUCUGCCUACCUUAUUUUUUGUUGCGGAAUCAGUUUUAUAUAGGCUCUGUUGUGAUGCAUUCCAAAAGACAUACUUAUAUUCAGUUGAAACAAAGCUGAUAAAGAUUGGCUCUUUGGUCUUCUUACGACUUUUUAUAUAUUUCCUGCAUGGUCACCUAGAAAGUUUUAAACAACAUUUACGUAGGCUUCAACCAUAUUUAUACGCACUUUGUUUCUCUGGAGAUUCAUAUUACAAGUAUCCAAACAUCUUUUCAAACGUCAUAAUUAUGAAAACCAUGGAAAUUAUAUAUAAAAAAGAACUCCUUUCUGGAUCAAUUUUUAGUCCUGUGGAAAACAAGAAAAGCUAUAAGAACAUAGAUCCUGAUAUGGAACAUUUGCAAUUUAAUCAGGGAGGAUAUGAAAUUAACCACCUGCUCUGGCACUGUGUUGCUGCCUGGUCAUGUGUUCAGAAGAAUAGUCCUCAGCUGAAUAAGGUGCUUGAACACCUCAUCUUUCAUAAAGCACAGCUUCAAAAGAAAUGCUGGUUGGAUUCAAUACUGGCUUUGUUGGUCCUUGGGGAGGCUGCCAAACUAAACAUGGCCUGCUUGAAAGCUUUAAUGGAACUAAUGAGAGAUUUUCUUUUAAGCAUUAUGUCUGUUCAAAACCAGGAAGAAUGCUGCAAGGUAGAUGACUUUUCCUGGGCCUGGAAUGUAGUCUACAGAUAUACAACAAUUCUUGCAGAAAUCUGCUUGUAUGCGACCACUUCUAAUUUGCGAAAAACUGCUUUUAUUGGUUUCUGUGUCUGUAAAAGUUCACAAAAAGAUAUUUUACUUGUGGAUAAAUCAGAAGAAUCACCAGAAUUGAAGGAAACAAGUAUUUUAGGUCUUUUGGAAUAUUUCUCUUCAAAAAUGUCAGAUAAUUCAGGUGAUCAAGUGAUAUGGAUUGGAUACUAUGGCUUAGUGUAUAACCUGGUGAAAAUGUCAUGGGAACUUCGGGGAGAUGAUGAGCAGGAUGGAUUUAGAAACAAAAUAUUGCAAAUAUUACAGAAAACAAAGGAUCAUGAGAAAGAUGGGCGAAUCCAUAAUGGCAUACAUAUAGCUCAGGCUGAGUUAAAUGACCCAACUGAUCCCUUCACUAAUCACAGUACAGAAGCCUCAUCAAAUGUAGGGGAUGAAACUUUCUCUAAAUAUAUAGGAUGGAGAAUUGCCAAUGCUCUUUCCAAACUGUUCUUCCCCUCCACUGGAGCCCAUGUUCUUCCUUUGAAAGAACCACUGAAAAAACGGUAUCCAGUGAAAUAUCUGAACAGAAAGGAUUCCAUGAAGAAGAGAGUUCUACAUGUCACUGUAAGGGAACAUCCUUCUGUAUCAGAACUUCCCCUGUCUUCUUACCCGGAUUUCUUCACCAAGGCUGAUGAAGAGUUGGCAAGAAUCAUUGACCAUCAUUGGCAGGAAGAGCUAAAGAUUCGACAGAAAGAAGAUGCAAUAUGUGAGGCCCAGGAACGUAAAGACAGAGAGUUAGAGGAAAAAAAUCACUUCAGAGAAAUUAUGAAGAGAAGAGAAGAGAAACUACAGAAGCAAACCAAACCCUACGAGCUUCCUCCGAGGACUGAAGUAAUUUCAUUAGAAAUAAAAGAACCCCCCAAACUGAAGUCCAUAUGCCAGAAAUUGCAUGAAAGAGACAAAGAUAGCUAGAUUUUAGGAAAAAUUUCUAAUUAACUGGAAGCCAUUUCUUAGGAGUUGUUAUCCUGGUGCAGACUCUUUAACAGUCGUAUCUUAGUCCUAAAUUAGCAGCUCUUAGUCACAUUUGAGUGAAGUGAUUUUACUAGUUAAACAUUUUCAAGAAUAUGUCUAAAAGCUCUUCCUAAUUGACUUUUUUGUGUGAUCAUACACCAUAAUGAUUCUCAGAGUCUUGAUUUUCAGUGGACAGUUAGAUAGAAAUGAACUGUAAAUUAUUAAUGAGUCACAUUUAAGAAUUAUUCCUUGAAAAUAGAACGAGCACCAACUGAUACUCCUAUAUUAACUAUUAUACAAAUAAAAGAACUAAGGCACCUGCUUGGAUCUGUAUUUCAUAGUCAAUGCCACAUCAAGCUAUAUGUCAGGAACCUGAAUUCCAUGAAGUACAGCAGACAAAUCUGAGCAGGCCAUUCGUCUCAGGAUGAUCUGGGUUUGGGCAGAUACCAAAGGAGACCCCAGAGUGACAGUGGUUUUACCUUGGCAGAUGAGUUUAUGAGGAUGGAUCUGGAUGUUCCUGGAAGGCACAGGAACACUUAUCAAAGAGAUUCAACCAAUUAGGAGUCAUUUUUUAAAU